AUGAUCGCUGGCGACGUCUCCGAAAACGUGCGGCGCAACGCGGUCAUCGCGCUCGGCUUCGUCUUCAUCGACCAGCCCGCCGCGUUCCUGCCCACCGCCCAGCUUCUCCUCCAGUCCUUCAACCCCCACAUCCGCUACGCGGCCGCGCUCAUCGCGGGAAUCAUCAACGCGGGCGCGGCCAACGCGCAGCUGAGCGACUUGCUGCUGAAAGCGAUGGACGACCCCGAGGAUUUCGUCGCGCAGGGCGCGGCGAUCGGUCUGGGUGCGCUGCUGAUGGAGACCAACGCGGUGAACACGCCGCAGGUGAGUCGCAGGGGGUCGGCUGGACGCGUAGAGCGCCGUGUAUCGCGAGAAGAUCAUGAAGGUGCUGCGCAACGAGGGCUUCGAGGGCGCCAAGCGCGCCGACACCGUGCUGAAACGCCAGGGCGCGCUGCUGGGCGCGGGCCUGCUGGACGCAGGGGGUCGGAACAUGGUGCUGAAGCUGACGGGAGUGGGCGGACUGCGUCGGCAAGCGGCGGUGAGCGUGUUCCUGGGCUGCCAAGUGUGGGAGUGGUACCCGCUGGUCCAAAUCAUGGUCAAAGCGCUCGUGCCCACGCUGGUGAUCGGCGUGGACGCCUCGCUGCACAUGCCCAAGGACUUCCAGAUGCACUGCGACCAGGAGGAGGACCGGUUUGCGUACGUGGAGCCGGUGAAGAAGGAGGAAAAGGUCGAGAAGGCCACGGUCACCUUCAGCUUCCAGGAAAAGCCGAAGCGCGCGGCGCUGCAGUCCACGCUGCGGAGAUCGAGCACGCGCGGGCAGAACGAAUCGGAUAGCAAUGCGGAGGGAGCCGCGGAUAGCGCGGAGAUUGCGGACUUGGCGAAGAAAAUGGGGUCGGGCGAAGUGGACGGCGAGGAAAUCAUGGAGGUGAUGCAGGGAGAAGUUAUGGCGAAGGCGGAGGAGCCGAAGUACUUUGCUGUCCCGAAUGGAAAUCGGAUCACGCCGACGCAAAUGCCCCAUAUGUACCUAUUCCAACAGCGAUUCAGGCCCGUCUUGGGAUGGGAGUGGAUUCGAACCAUGAACACCACUCCUGGAGUGCUGGUGGUGAAAGACACGCAGGAAGGACCGUGCCAAUAUGUCGAUGUGGAUAAUGGGGAGAGGAAUGUGGUCGAGUGCCCGCAACCCUUCACAUAUCAUAUCGUGGGGGAGAUGGUUGUUGAGUAGU